AUGGUAGUACCAUCGGUUGCGUCGCGGUACUGGACAAUAGUUGUGAGCCUGGUCACCGUUUGCAGUCUGUACGUGACGCUGGUCAAUCUGACGAUUGAUGAGGGUGGCCGGAGUUACGGGAGUCCGGUGAAGAAGAUCGUGGCGUACUCGCUGCUGAAGCAGAUCGAGAGGGACAGUGAGGAGGUGGAUUGCGGGGGACUGACAACGGAGGUGAAGGCGGAAAAGGGUGCUGGAACGGGAUGGAGAAGGGUUGGGGGCAGUAGGGUUUUUGUUUAUUCGGUGCACAAAGAUACAAGGCUUGAUCCGUUUCAUUUUGUCAGGAUAAUUGGUAUGGUAAAAGGUUCUCUGAACACAUCAUUGUUCUGUCAAUUAAAUUCAGAGGAUACUCUAACCUACGUAACAAAAGCAACAACCACCGACAUCUGGUCCGACGAAUGGGAUAAAGAUUCAAAACACGUGUAUUUCAACCCUAUCCUCGUGUCCUGCCGGAUUCCGUUCGGUUUGCAACCGAAAUCCUUGCGGCUAUCUACUAAUCCAUGCGAAGUCGACGCUUACACGCACGUCUUCGAUUUAAACGAGCCCCAAGGGAUUAGGCGACAGUUCACUGUCUGUGUCAAACCGCUGAAUUUCAACGCAGAUGUUGCCAAGAAGCUGGUGCAAUGGAUGGAGAUGCUUAAAAUUUUGGGUGCUGACAAGAUCGAUUUGUAUAUUGGAACGGUCACCGAUAAAGUCAGGAAAAUUUUAAGACGGUACGUAAACUCGUCACCCCAGGAAACGGUGACGAGGCAGUUCGGUGAAAUCACGCAAGAACAAAUCAACUCUCCACCCACCGACGAGGCGGAAGAAUUUGAGAGGCGAAUAUGGCAGAAACGGCGUUACGAAUUAAUCGUUUACAACGAUUGCCUGUAUCGUAACCUGCGUUCGCGGUUCGUGGUGCCGCUGGACGUUGACGAGAUAAUCGUGCCGUUGAAGGCGCGAACCUGGCAUCAGGUUUUGGAUAUGGCGUUCGCGACGCACGAAGGACUGGAACGCGGUUUCGCAUCCUUUUGCGUCGCGAACGCUUAUUACUUUCGGGAAACGAACGAACGGGACGUGGUGUAUUUCGCGGACGUGAACAGAAGCGAAGUCAGCCGGUACGGCGAGUCCUGCAAAAGUUUCGUGGCUACUGAGAAGACGCUUACGGUUUUUAACCAUUAUGCGUUGGAAGCUCUCAAACCUGGUGUCAGUAGGGCGUAUUUUUUGCCCAGCGAUUUGGUUCAAAUGAAUCAUUAUAAAGUCAAUUGUUCGACUGUGAUAUUACCUGAGUGUACGAAAUAUUAUUCUAGUCCUAGAGUUAAAGACAUGUCGAUUUUUAAGUACAAGCACGAAUUUUACAAAAAAUAUAAGCAAAUUAUAAAGCAUAUAGGGAAUAUUUUGUAAUUAAAAGAAUAUAUUGUCU